AGAGUUAGAUACGCACCCAUCGUAUCGCAACAGGAUCAACAGAAACUUCACAUUUCUCGUUUACUCUAAUCUCUCUUCAAUGAAUUUCUUUAAAUCCAUUCUCUCCGACGAUCCAGAUCCCCCUGGAUCCGAAUCUGAAUCCGACAAUGCGUCUCACCCGCAAAACGCAACCGAUCCUGAUCCCUCCUCAUCCGACGCCGCCACGGCCACCACCGACCACAGUGACGGCGUCGAUGGCAGCGGGUGGAUUCGGUUCGGUGGCCUGAUCAAAACCCUAACCUCCAAAUCCGAAUCGAUAAUCGAGACGUAUCGCCGGGACCUCCAAGAAUUCGGCACGGGACUCAAGAAGGAGAUCGAGGUCGCCCAUGGCUCCCUCGAGACGGUGGGCCAGGCCAUCGAUCAGUUGGGAUCUACUGUUGUCAAAGGAACGGCCCAGAUCAUCUCCCAAGGUAAGGAAGCAAUCCUAGCCGCCGAUCUCGAUUCCGAUAACAAUAGCAACAGAAGCACUAAAAGCCCUAGCAAAGAUGGUAGUAGCUCGAAUUUGAAAGGGUAUAGUAGGUUUGAAGCUCAGAUUCGUGCUAUUCAGGGUGAUGCUAGCACUUACACUGAUGAGCCUGAGGAUUUGGAAGAGUAUGGAAAAUGGAAAUUAGGGUUUUCGUUGGAAGGGAAGGAUAAGGAAUUGGAGGGUUUGCUUAGUGAGAAUGAGGCUAUGGAGAGUAUUUACAAGAGGCUUGUUCCGAAUAGCGUGGAUAACGAGAGUUUCUGGUUAAGGUAUUUCUAUAAGGUGUAUAAGCUGAAGAAAGCUGAGGAUGUGAGGGCUAGACUUGUGACGACAAUGUCAAGGGAAGAGGAGGAUUUGAGUUGGGAUGUAACAGAUGUUGAAGAUGAUGAUGAUGAGGAGGAGGAGGAGGAGGGAGAAGAGAAUGUGGGUCAUGGUAAAUCAAAGGGUGUGAUUGAUAAGGAGGUUAGUGCUGAAACUUUGGCAAUUGAGGGGAAUUCUGAGUUGCAAGGUGGUAAAUUUGGUGAAAAGGGUGUGGUCGAAACAAAGAGAUUGAGUGUGGAAGUGGGGGGGAAUAGUUCAUUGCAAAGUGAAAGUAAGGAACAUGGCAAUGAUUCUGUUGGGGAAACUAAAGUUGAGAGUUCAGUGAUUGCUCAAAAGGCGGAUGAUGGAAGCAACUCAUGCAAGGAAGUCGUGAAGGAAGUGGUUGAAUCUGGGAAGAAUAGUGAUUAUGCAGCUGGUUCUGAUGAGAAAGUGAUAGUGGAAACAAAAGUUGAUGAUGGAAAACCUUCGGUGGUUGAGGCAAGUAAGAGCCCGGCACACGAGGAAGAGGAGGAUCUCGGUUGGGAUGAGAUUGAGGAUCUCAGUAGUAUUGAUGAAAAGAAGACAAGUCCACCUCGGAGUGGAAGCCCAAGCAAAAUUGAUGUGCGGAAGCGGCUGAGUGUUGCAGAGGAAGAAGAAGACUUGAGUUGGGACAUUGAAGAUGAUGAUGAUGAUGCUGUUAAGUCUUGAGACACUUGAUGCUCACUGAUCUGAGUUCUGGUGAGAGGCAUAAUUAUGUAAGUGUGAUUAUGAUUAUUCUUUGAUAAGUGAAAUUAAAUUAGCAUUUUCUUUGUUUCUACUUAUGUAUAAAUUGAUUUAGAAAUAGUGGUGUCAUUUCUUUUGUCCUUCUUGUAUGAAAAGCAAUUGUUUCUAUAUAGAUUAUCUUGUCUUUUUAAAUGUCAUUUGUUUCGAAUAUUUAUGAGAUUAUGAUGACUUCAAACAGAAUUUUCGAUAA